CUUCACGAAACAACCGCUACGAGGCUACAGUUUCUCGUCAACGCUUCGUGCAGGCUCUCGUCCAAUAUAUAUAACGUCCAUCCCAGAACCCUUCAUCCACAAAGCGUCUGGGCUGUGGCGAGUCCUACAUGACCGACCUUUCCUAUACCAAUAAAGCAGCUGCUGGACGAACGAAGGAGCCGGAGCGGAACAGAAACUGCCUACGGAAGCGAAGAUAGAAGAUAAGCCUUGCAACAAGCUCUCUCUAUAACGGUGCGGGCUCCCGAAGCUUCUCAUCACGGCCGCUACGCGGCAAACGCGGGUAAACUACUGACACACACACGAAUUCUCACCGGACGCCAUCUACCUCUCGAAAUAUUCGAUUUUUUACUGCUACGUCGGAGUGGUCGGAGUCGAGAGUUGUUCCUUAUUGAGCAAAGCUUUCUACCUGACAAUCUCGGGUUCCGCAUGUGUUUUUGUUGACAAAUGGUAUUUGAAUGAUCUGAACGACUUUUAACAAAAAUCAAGAAAUUCAAGCUGCUCCAGAGAAAACUGCAAACAAUGGAGUCGUACAUAUUGCAGGUCCGCCGUGUCUGGCUGAAAGAAGACGGCGAUUUGCUAGCUGAUUUGCUAUCCGUUCGGCAUGCUCACGCAUCAAUACCACAGCUCGCUUCUGAUACAAUAAUGACUAAAGUGAUGGAGCACUUACCAUCGGUUUCAGUAGAUCUUGUGAUAUAUCAUUUGAAAGUCAUAGGGUCCCUAACAAAAGGAGACGAUGCAUACACAACUUACAACUAUCAGAGUUCUCUGGUAGGAGCAUUAACAAAAAUUCUUCAACUUCAAAAGGAAGAAAAUUGGAUGCUUCCUGUAAUGAACAUGGUAUGUCUCGAACUACGACUUUUGGCGCUGAGAGCCGAGACUUCGAGGAAUAAAAAUUUCAAGCCUGGUGAAAUAUUGGAAAAAUGUGCUGAAUGUCUUAUGGGAUGUUUUCGAGUCUGUGCCGCUGACAAUCGCAGUUCAGAGGAUGACACUAAGAAAUGGGGCAUGUUAGCUCUGGUUAAUCAACUUCUCAAAGUAUAUUUCAGAAUCAAUAAACUGCAUCUCUGCAAACCUCUCAUACGAGCGAUCGAAUCAUCCGCCUACAAAGAUCAAUUUCCCCUUGCCCAGAGAAUAACUUACAAAUUUUUUGUGGGUCGCAAAGCUAUGUUUGACAGUGAUUACAAAGCAGCCGACGAACACUUGACAUAUGCUUUCGAGCACUGUCACAAGCAAUCAAAGAGGAACAAACGUCUUAUACUGACGUAUCUAGUGCCAGUCAAAAUGUUACUUGGUUACAUGCCAAAACAAAGACUUCUUGAGAAAUACAAUCUAAUGGAGUUUUGGGAACUGGUUGAGGCGGUUAAAAUAGGUGAUUUGCGUCGACUGGAGAGCGUUAUGACGAAACACGAAAAUUUUUUUAUCGGCGCUGGCAUUUAUCUCAUUGUCGAAAAACUGAAACUGCUGGCUUAUCGUAAUCUUUUCAAAAAAGUUUAUGUCGCCAUCAAUACCCAUCAAAUUCCGGUACAGAGUCUUGUGACAGCGUUGCAAAUGAGGGGUUUGGACGAUAUCGACAUGGACGAAACCGAAUGUCUCGUAGCCAAUCUCAUAUUCGAAGGAAAGAUCAAAGGUUACAUAUCGCAUCAGCACAAAAAACUUGUUAUAUCGAAACAAAAUCCUUUUCCACGAUUGUCGUUGAUACUUUAGUUACAAUGGAUGUCACUUUUGUAAUUUAUGCAACGACGCUUAAAUUUGAACGUAAGUGAUGCGGAUAUUUUUCGACGAAUAUUCAUCAUAUUCAUCGUGUGUAUAAAGUUUACAUGUCAACUUCGCAUUCAUUCUUAAAUAUAAACAAGCAAACAACAGAGA